UCUGUAGGAGUCGCUUGCAUUUGGCGUUUCCUUGGAUAAAAGAAUGAAAAAAAAAACAGCUGUAGCCAAAGAACAAUCUGCGACAAGCACGUAGCGACUGCACUGCGGCGACGGGGUCCUGAACAUGAAUGCUUGGAAAAUGUAAUCAACCUGCACUGCAUUUCAUCUAGUUCCGCUACCCAAGAAACGGGUUCCCCUCACGAGCUCUGCCUCCCUGCCUUCCUGCCGGUCAUGCAGUCCUGGAAACCGAACCCCCGGGCCAAGCCUUUCAUUCCUCGACAGCAGCGCAGCCUCUACCUCACCUGGAAAUACAAGCUCACCAACCAGAGAGCUGUUCGCCGAUUCUGUCAGACAGGCGCGGUGCUGUUCUUGCUGGCGAUGUAUGUAUUGCUUCUCUGUGUGCCCUUCCUUGCCCCUCAGACAGGCGCGGUGCUGUUCUUGCUGGCGAUGUAUGUAUUGCUUCUCUGUGUGCCCUUCCUUGCCCCUCAGACAGGCGCGGUGCUGUUCUUGCUGGUGACGGUGAUUGUGAACAUUAAGCUCAUUCUGGAUACGCGGAGAGCAGCGAUCGAGGAGGCGGCUCAGGAGUACGACGAGGCUCUGCCCAACAUGGAGACCCCUCGGAGACCACAGAGUGGGAGGAAGGUCCUGGAUAUCGAGGUCUAUUCCAGCCGCUCCAAGGUCCACGUGGCCGUGGACGGCACCACUGUUCUGGAGGAUGAGAUGCGAGAACAAGGAAGAGGGAUCCAUGUCAUCGUGCUCAACCAGGCGACCGGUCACGUGAUGGCGAAGCGUAUUUUUGAUACCUACUCGCCCCAUGAAGAUGAAGCUAUGGUCCUCUUUUUGAACAUGGUGACGCGUGGGAGGGUCCUGAUCUUUACUGUCAAGGAUGAGGGCUCCUUCCAUCUGAAAGAAGCAGCAAAGACCCUGCUGAAGGAGCUAGGCAGUCAGGUGUCCCUGUCGCUGAGUUGGAGAGACAUGUGGACCCUGGUGGUGAAGAAAGGAGGCCGAGUUUAUGGGGAGAAACACUCAAAGUCUCCAGCGCUGUCCACGUGGGGUGACCCAGUGUUGCUGAAGACAGAGGUGCAGUUAACAGCAUCCGAAGAUGCCGAGUGUCUUUGGCCCGAUACCGAGAUGAAUCGACGCAGGAAGAUUUUCUGCAGUAAGGUGGAGGGCUAUGGCAGUAUCUGCAGCUGCAAGGACCCUGCCCCCAUCGAAUUCAACCCAGACCCACUAUCAGAAAAUAAAGUGUAUGAUGUUCCUGUGGCUGUUAUUGCUGGAAAUAGACCCAACUACCUGUACAGAAUGCUGCGGUCCUUGCUGUCUGCCCAGGGAGUGAAUCCCCACAUGAUCACCGUAUUUAUAGAUGGAUACUAUGAGGAGCCUAUGGACGUCGUGGAGCUCUUUGGUCUGAAGGGGGUUCAGCACACUCCAAUCAGCAUUAAAAACGCCAGGGUGUCCCAGCACUACAAGGCCAGCCUGACUGCCACUUUCAACUUGCAUCCGGAUGCACAGUUUGCAAUCGUCUUGGAGGAGGACCUGGAUAUCUCUGUUGACUUUUUCAGUUUUCUGAGUCAGACGGUUCAUUUACUUGAAGAAGAUGAGAGCCUGUACUGUAUUUCAGCCUGGAAUGAUCAGGGCUAUGAGCACACCGCAGAGGACCCGGCCCUCCUGUACCGUGUGGAGAGCAUGCCUGGGCUGGGCUGGGUCCUAAAGAAGAGCCUUUACAAGGAUGAGCUGGAGCCCAAAUGGCCAACGCCGGAAAAGCUGUGGGACUGGGAUAUGUGGAUGCGAAUGCCUGAACAGAGAAAGGACCGGGAGUGCGUCAUUCCCGACGUGUCCAGAUCUUACCACUUUGGCAUUAUUGGUCUGAACAUGAACGGAUACUUCCAUGAAGUGUAUUUUAAGAAGCAUAAGUUGAACACAGUUCCUAAUGUUCAGUUCAAGAAGGUUGACAGUUUGAAAAAUGAUGCCUAUGAGACAGAAAUUCAGAGGCUGCUAGGUGAAGCGGAGCUGCUGGAUCACAGUAAGAACCCGUGUGAGGACUCCUUCAUUCCAGACACGGAGGGCAAAACCUACAUCAUGUAUAUUAAAAUGGAACAAGAGGCUGACAGCACUGCUUGGACUGAGCUGGCCAAGUGCCUCCACGUCUGGGAUCUAGAUGUCCGAGGGAACCACAAGGGACUGUGGCGUCUCUUCAGGAAGAAAAACCACAUUCUCGUUGUUGGAUCUCCGGUGUCUCCCUACUCAAUAAAGAAGCCCGCACAGGUGACCCCGAUUCACUUGGAGCCCCCUCCGAAGGAGGAAGGAGCAGCUCCUGAACAGACGUGAUCUCCAGGUGUGAGCGUCUGUGUGUGACAUGAUAGCCGCUGUGCAGCCACGGCAACCACUAACCCGGCCUGGCAACCAGCGGUGAGUACGCUCGGAGCACGGGGCAAAAGAGAAUGAAAACUGAAAUGUUUUACAUACAAACCCUUUAACGACAUGGGGUUUUCGUAGAACUUUUUUUUUUCUUAAUGGCUGAUGUGUUAUUUUUGUUGUUGUUGUUAAAAGUAUGUACUGGCAUACGUCUCCCUGAGAAGCCUGGAAAGAGGGAUCCAUUGGUAUUCCAGUACCUAAACCAUGGCAGAUGUGAAUUGUACCGCUCCUUAAUUUGAUUAAUCCGGCUCGUGUAUUUCACCCAGGAGUGGUUUAUUGACCAAUUAACAUUCCAGCAUAUAUUAAAUAAAUACAGGGAAAUGAGGUCUGUGAACACGCACAUGUAUACAUUCAAGGGAGCCUGGGCACUGUUAAACCAUGCAAAUAGAAGCCAUUGUGCUUGUUUUUUUUUUUUUUUUUUGGGGGGGGGGGAUUAUUUAAAGCUUCACUCCAGACUGUGUUGUUCAGUGUGCUUCAGUUAGGGGUGGGGGUGCGCAGAAACCCCUACUCUACUCGGCAUUGCUUUUCAGAAGUGUUUGUCAGCAGUGUUAAUUUCAAAACAAGAAAAGCUCUCCUUCCUUCAAGACUUCAGUGGCGUACCAAUCCGUGACAGCUAACCUGCAAACUGAGUGUUUUAAAAGCCACUUGGAAGAAUGUUUUCCUGUCAUCCGGGGCGCUGGCGUUUGCACUGCAUGACUGGCAUACGGAGAGCAUUGGCAUGACUGUUAGAGGCAUGAAUGAAAAUAUGCUAGUGAUCUGACACCUAGCAGACUCUCCCUCGGAUGAUGUGCUGUUUUUUUAUUGACUCGCAUUAGUUCGUCUGCAAUGGCAUGUUUGUUUUUAAUGUAAACCCAGACUAGCUCAUUAGGUCUGAAUAUUACCUACAGAAUCUUGUUUUCCUCUUGUUUUGUUGUAUUUAAAAUGUAACUUAUAUAUUUAUUUAACUCAACUGCCACCCUGCCACUAUGAGGGACAGUUUCAGUGUGGCUUUAUUAACUUCAUCAAGGAACAAAGCGCAGGAGCAGUGAUAAACAGGCUAAAUUGCCUGAUUUUGUGAUCUGAUGUGUGCAAUAUGUAUUUUAAAUUCGAAUUAUCUUUUCUUUUUAACUUGUGUUCAUGGCACAAUUUUUGUGGAAAUUGUUUCUUUUUUUGUUUUAUUCUGUUAAUGUAAAAGUUUUGGUAGUAGCUUGAAUCCAGUCGUUUUAUGUUUUAUAGUAUUGCCUCAAACUGAUCAUGCUCAACUGCAUUUCAUGUUAACUGUUCAAUUUAUUUAUCCAUAAGUAUUUCCUGUUACUUUUGUACUGUGAAGAAGACCAUUUAACUGUUGGAUAUUGAUGCACUCAAUGGUGAAGGAAAUAAGCCGGCAUCCUCUUUAGAUUUCUAAGGACUUUUUAGCUUCAAAACAUUUUAUUAUAUAUAUAUAUAUAUAUAUAUAUAUAUAUAUAUAUAUAUAUAUAUAUAUAUAUAUAUAUAUAUAUAUAUAUAUAUAUAUAUUUAGAUGGAUGGGUAGUAUAUUCUCAUAUCAAUGAAUGAAUUAAAAAAUAUUAAUACCCAAAGUAAACUCCUUCUAAGGGUGAAAUAUAUUGGUGAGUGUCUGCACAUGUUUUCGUUGCAGAAACGGUGUUCAAGUACAGGACUGUCUUGAGGAACAUGCUGCCACCUACCAUUUAAUUUGUGCUUUCUGUUUCCAUCACUGCUGUCUCAAAGCCAUUUGUAAUUGUACAGUUUUUAUAUGAAUUACUGUUGUCCACUGCAUCGUGUAGCUUAUGUUGGCAUAAAUAAACCUUUUUUUUUUUU